AUGGGCUUGGAAAAUACCAUUGCCUGGGAUAAAAACUCCCCGAGCCAAGAUCGUGCGAAGGCCAUAACCUUUUUCUGCCAUCACAUCGAUGAGGCACUGAAUAUGCAGUAUGUCAUGCUAGAAUCCCCACUUGAAUUGUGGGAGAGAAUGAAAGAAAGAUAUGAUCAUUUGAGGCUGACAUUGUUGUCAAGGGCACGAAGCGAAUGGCAAAGUCUACGGCUUCAGGACUUUAAAACAGUCCAAGAAUGUAAUUCUGCAAUGUUUAAAAUAAUAUCACAGCUACGCUACUGUGGCGAAAAUAUAUCUGAAUCUGAUAUGAUGGAGAAAACUUUCUCCACUUUUCAUGCCUCUAACAUGGUUUUACAGCAGCAGUAUCGCGAAAGAGGCUUCCAGAAAUAUUCUGAGCUGAUCAUCUGUCUUUUGCUGGCCGAACAAAAUAACAAAUUGCUAUUGAAAAAUCACGAAUCCCGGCCGACAUGUGCAAAUCCAUUUCCAGAGGCAAAUGCAAUACAACCGGCAAAUCCGGUGCGUGGCCGUGGGCAGGUUAAAAAUCAAAGAAUUGAUCGCGAUCGAAAUCAGAAUCGCGGACGGGGCCUGACAAAUGCAUACAGUCACGAUAAUUAUCAAAAUAGGCCCCGAUAUGUGCCAAAUCGACGUUAUAAUGACAGAAGACCGUACAGACCUCAACAGACGUUCAACACCGAGAGAAACAUAAACAAUGACGAGGAAUGCACCCGGUGUGGAAUCAAAGGCCAUUGGGCCCAUGUUUGUCGCACAGCCAGUCACUUGGCUGAACUGUAUUGGGCCUCAAAAGAAAGGCAGGGAAGAGUUGCUGCCGAAACAAACCACGCUGCCCACGAUGACAGAUUUGACGAUGUGAUGAAUGAAAAUAUCACGCACAUGGAUGCCGAUGAUCUACUUGAUAUAGCUGAUGAUGUUAAAUGA